UAAAAGGUAGGGUGAGGGUUAUAAAGAAAACGGGAAGAAGAGAACGAGAAUAUCUUAUUACUAGGCGUUUUAAUAGUAAGUAUAUUUUUGCCCUAUAAAUAGAGGAAGAAGCCUACCUUGUCACGAAUACAGAAGAGCUUUCCUCUCUGUUCUCUUCAUUCACCAAAGACUGUUGAGUUUCAGUUGGUUUUUGGUUUGUUCAUUUCCUUCUGCUCUCUCUGUUUCUCUUUGUUUGGUAGUAGAUUUCGAAAGUGUGAAGGAACGUGAGAGAAAAAAAGCUUCUGGAGUUAUUGAUGGGCAAGUACACUGUGCAUCUUGCGAUGGCGGCUCUCGUUGGAGCUUCGUUGGUGGCCGUGUCGGCGUAUUAUAUGCACAGGAAAACCCUAAGUCAGUUGCUGGAGUUCGCCAAGACCGUGGAGAGGGAGAGGGAGGAUAUUUCGGAGGGAGAGUCGCCGCAGCACUCCAAGAGACGUCGCAGCUACCACUCGCGCCGCAAGGGGAAAGGAUAUUACCGGCGUGGCUCGGCGUCUAUGCCGGAUGUUACUGUGAUGUCGGUCGGGAGUGGUGGAGAAGAGAAACGCAACGGUCCUAUCUAUGUCGACGGGAUUCCCCCCGGGUUGCCGAGGCUUCAUACGCUGCCUGACGUUAUUUUGGCUUCAGGGAAGUCUGGUUCUAAGAGAUCUGGAAGUCUUAUCCGACCUACUUCUACCAAGUCCCCUGUUGCUAGUGCAAGUGCCUUUGAGAGCGUAGAAGGAUCAGAUGAUGAAGAUAAUGUGACUGAAAAUUCUAAGAUAGACACUACAUAUCUGCAUACUAAUGGAAAUGCUGGCUCAAAUUUGCCAGACCACAUUAACGCCAAUGGAGAGGCAAUGCAGAUAGCUGCUUCAAGCAUGAUUCGAUCCCAUAGCGUAUCUGGUGACCUCCAUGGUGUUCAGCCUGAUCCUAUUGCAGCUGAUAUCCUAAGGAAAGAGCCAGAGCAAGAAACUUUUGCACGACUUAAAAUUUCACCUACUGAGGUACCAUCUCCGGAUGAAGUUGAGGCCUAUGUAGUUCUGCAGGAAUGCCUAGAAAUGCGGAAAAGAUAUGUAUUCAAAGAGGCAGUUGCUCCUUGGGACAAAGAAGUAAUAUCGGACCCCAGUACACCAAAACCUAAUCCGGAGCCAUUUUUUUUUGCUCCUGAGGGAAAAUCUGAUCAUUUUUUUGAGAUGCAAGAUGGAGUAAUACAUGUCUAUGCAAAUAAAGACUCGAAGUUAGAGCUCUUUCCUGUAGCUGAUGCAACAACCUUUUUCACUGACUUGCAUCACAUACUUCGUGUUAUAGCGGCAGGGAAUAUCAGGACUUUAUGUCAUCACCGGCUAAAUCUUCUGGAACAAAAAUUCAAUCUUCAUUUGAUGCUUAAUUCGGAUAGAGAAUUUCUAGCUCAGAAAAGUGCACCACAUAGGGACUUCUAUAAUGUGAGGAAAGUUGAUACUCAUGUUCAUCACUCAGCAUGCAUGAACCAGAAACAUCUUUUGAGGUUUAUAAAGUGGAAGUUGAAGAUGGAGCCAGAUGAGGUUGUAAUAUUUCGAGAUGGGACGUAUUUGACCUUGAAAGAAGUUUUUGAGAGCUUGGAUUUAACUGGCAGGCAUGAUUUAAAUGUGGACCUUCUUGAUGUUCAUGCAGACAAGAGUACCUUUCAUCGCUUUGAUAAAUUUAAUCUUAAGUAUAAUCCCUGUGGUCAAAGUAGGCUCAGGGAGAUUUUCCUCGAGCAGGAUAAUCUUAUCCAAGGUCGAUUCCUUGGUGAGCUGACAAAACAAGUGUUUUCUGAUCUUGCUGCAAGCAAAUAUCAGAUGGCUGAAUACAGAAUAUCAAUAUAUGGCAGGAAGCAAAGUGAGUGGGACCAACUGGCUAGUUGGAUCGUUAACAAUGAAUUGUACAGCGAGAAUGUUGUUUGGUUAAUCCAGAUCCCUCGCCUUUACAAAAUUUACAAGGAGAUGGGGAUUGUUACAUCAUUUCAGAACAUUCUGGACAACAUCUUUAUUCCUCUGUUUGAGGUUACCGUGGAUCCAGAUUCACAUCCUCAGUUACAUGUUUUCUUGAAACAGGUUGUAGGGUUGGAUUUGGUAGAUGAUGAAAGUAAGCCUGAAAGACGCCCCACAAAGCACAUGCCUACACCAGAUCAAUGGACUAACGUAUUUAAUCCUGCAUUCUCCUAUUAUGUGUAUUACUGCUAUGCAAACCUCUAUAACUUAAACAAGCUUCGUGAGUCCAAGGGCAUGACAACCAUCAAAUUCCGGCCACAUUCUGGGGAGGCUGGUGACAUUGACCACCUUGCAGCAACAUUUCUAACUGCUCAUAACAUUGCACAUGGAAUCAAUUUAAGGAAAUCUCCUGUACUACAGUAUCUUUAUUAUUUGGCACAGAUUGGCCUGGCUAUGUCUCCUCUGAGCAACAAUUCCUUGUUUUUGGACUAUCAUCGGAACCCUUUUCCAUUGUUUUUCCUACGGGGUCUUAAUGUUUCCCUCUCUACUGAUGAUCCACUUCAAAUACACUUAACAAAGGAACCUUUGGUGGAAGAGUAUAGCAUAGCUGCUUCUGUGUGGAAGCUGAGUUCAUGUGAUCUAUGUGAGAUAGCCCGUAAUUCAGUCUACCAAUCAGGUUUUUCGCAUGCUUUGAAGUCGCACUGGAUUGGAAAGCAGUACUACAAGAGAGGGCCGGAUGGAAAUGAUAUACGCAAGACAAAUGUACCUCAUAUCCGGCUGGAAUUUCGUGACAUGAUCUGGAAACUGGAGAUGCAACAGGUUUACUUGGGCAAGGCUAUUAUCCCUGAAGAAGUGGACAAGUAAUGUGCAAAAUACUGCACAAGGUCCAUUCUUGAACAUUACACAUAUAUUCAGAAGGAGGCAAAGAACCUGCCUCCCACCCGCAUCCUGCAUAAAAAGGGAUUAUGACUCUCGUAAAAACUAAGAAAUGGCAGGGACAAGAAGAAACAAGCUGAUUAUGAAUUCAACAGGGCUUGAGGGAGCUGGUUGACCUUGUACGUGAUGUAAUUGUUGAACGGGAACAUCUGCAGUAUCUAAAAGAGCACGGGUGUAUCAAAAACCAAAUCAAGUACAGCCUAUAACACGAGGAAGCAAAAGUUGCAGAUAAUAACCAAAAUGAUUUCUAGUUUAGGUUAAGAGCGAUCAUGUAAUACUACUUAAAAUGUAUGCUGUUAUGCCCUUAGCAGGAAGGGAAGAGUGCUCUCUUGCAUCAUAAAUUUUGACCCAAUUUUUGAGGAAUCCGGAUAUCUCAUGCAAUACUUCACACGCCUUGAAUAAAUUUACUCGUCCCACUUUGUCUCAUUCUCUCU